ACUUGAGACACUCAAGAGAUGGCGCUGAUUUCCCAAUUUUUAUUUUAUCUUUAUCUUUUUCUCAUUAUUGUCUCUUUUUAUACUUUUGGCUUAUGAUUACAGACAACAUAUUGGAUAUCAAUUGAAUGUUUUCAUCGUUUCAUGUUUUCUCUGUCAAAGCUAUAAUGUAUAUCUUUAAUAUCGUUAAUAUAAAUUUAUUAAAAUAAAAAAUGGAAACAAUACGACCCUGUGGUUGUAAAGGAAUAAGAUCUUGCCUUUUAUGUGAAACGGAAUAUAAGAUUGUAAAACCCAAUCUAAAGGCUUGUUUUGAGAAAUGUUCUAGUUAUGUAUACUGUCCAUAUUGUGAGAAAGCAUGGCCUGGUUGGAAUUUUGAUCUUUAUAAAAAUCAUCCAAAUCACCAAGGAACUGCUAUAGAAUUUUCUGGUGUUUAUAUAAAACUAGACUUUUUAACUCCUUGGGAAAUUAACUCAUUGAUCAAUAUAAUUGAAAAAAUACCUUGGGAAGCUUCUCAAAGUGGAAGAAGGAAACAGAAUUUUGGUCCAAAAUGCAAUUUCAAAAAGAGAAAACUUCAGUUGGGUUCCUUCAAUGGUUUUCCAAAAUCUACUCAAUUUGUGCAACAAAAAUUUUCUGAAAUUCCUAUACUUAAUAAUUUUCAAACGGUAGAACAAUGUACUUUAGAAUAUGAUCCGGUACGAGGAGCUUCAAUAGAUCCACAUAUUGAUGAUUGCUGGAUUUGGGGUGAAAGAAUAGUUACCGUUAAUGUCAUGGGUAAUUCAGUUUUAACAAUGAGUUCUUAUCAUGGUCCCGAUACAAAGUACAAUUUAAAAAGUAUUAUAGAAUAUUCCUCAACAAUUGAAAGCUUAAAAUUUGAUAUAAAAAAUAAAAAUGAAAAUGAAGAUAUUAUUGUAAGACUCCCAAUGCCAGAAGGAUCUCUUAUGGUUCUUUAUGGUAUUGCAAGGUACAAAUGGGAACAUUGUGUUUUAAGAGAAGAUAUAAACUCUAGGCGAAUUUGUUUAGCUUAUCGUGAAUUAACC